AAAAGGAAAAGGCAGAUAAAAAAGAGAGAGAGAGGGCCAUUACAUAUCGAUACCAUUAGAGAUGGAGGUUAGUAAAAUACUUCAUAUGAAUUCAGGAGUUGGAGACAAAAGCUAUGCCAAAAACUCCUUACUUCAGCAAAAGGCAACAUCCAUAGCAUGGCCAGUUAUAAAGAAAGCCAUUGAAGGGUUGUGCAGUGAAAACAAUAAUCCAAUGACCACUUUAAGCAUUGCAGAUUUGGGAUGUUCUUCAGGACCAAACACUCUUACUAUUGUCUCCAAUUUAAUCAAACAAUUUCAGCUUCACAAUAACAAACCAAUCCAAUAUCAAAUCUUCUUCAACGAUCUACCUUCAAACGAUUUCAAUUCCAUUUUUAUAUCCUUGCAAAAUUUCUUGGAAGAUUUGAAGAAUCAAAUUGGAGCAGAUUUUGGAACUUGUUUCUUCAACGGAGUCCCUGGUUCUUUUUAUGGUAGACUUUUUCCCGACAAAAGUUUACAUUUUGUUCAUUCUUGUUAUAGCCUUCAAUGGCUAUCUCAGGUUCCAAGAGAGAUGGAGAUAAUCAACAAAGGAAGCAUAUUCAUAGACAAUAAAAGUCCAAAGAAUGUGAUUGAAGGGUAUUAUAAGCAAUUUCAAAAGGAUUUCUCACUGUUUUUGAAGUGUCGUGAAGAAGAAGUAGUAAGUGGUGGACGAAUGGUUGUUACAUUAGUAGGAAGAACAGAUGAAUAUCCAUCGAAUCAAGAUUAUUGUUACGCUUUUACACUUUUGAAUUUAGCUCUCAAUGACAUGGUUGCUGAGGGGAUCGUGGAAGAGGAGAAAGUUGAUAGAUUCAAUAUCCCAAACUUCAUGCCAAGUCCAAAGGAAAUAAAAGAUGAAGUUUUAAAAGAAGGAAGUUUCAUCAUCAAUGAACUUAAAGUUUCAAGCAUUGAUUGGAAUUUCUACAAUACUGAAAUGGAAGGAACAAAGUAUACGUCGUUUAUAGGUACCUCAAGGAAUGGAGAUAAUAAACAAAGGGAAUAUAUUCAUAGACAGUACGAGUCCAAAGAAUGUGAUCAAAGGGGGUUGAUUAAAGAGGAGAAAGUUGAUCAAUUCAAUAUUCCAAAAUUCAGGCCAAGUCCAGAGGAAGUAAAAGUGGAGAUUUUAAAAGAAGGAAGCUUCAUGAUAAAUUGUGUUCAAGUGUCGAGGAUUGAUUGGAAUUUCUACAACAAUGGUGAAUUUGAUGGAUUAUUAUCAAAUAAUAAUGUUUGUGGUGAAGUUGAUAGUAGUUAUUAUUUUGCAAAAUGUAUUAGAUCAGUGUAUGAACCUCUUUUGAUUUUUUACUUUGAAGAAGCUAUUGUUGAUGAAUUAUUUCAAAGGUAUAGCAAAAUUAUAAAGGAUGAGAUGUCUAACAACAAAUAUGAGUAUAUAAACCUCACUGUAUCCCUUACUAAGAUAUAA